GUCGGAAAUCGGAAGACGUACGUCGUCGUGAGAAAAUGUGGAAGUACACUGCUGUACCACCACCACCACCACCACCACCACCACCGGUCACCGCAUACCUGGAUCCUUGGCGCGGGGCGCUCGUCUUCCAUAUACACCAGUACUAGUCCUAUUAAUUGUAUUCAUCAAUCUCGAUAUGUCCGUCUCUCCCCCUGUAUUCAAUAUCCAUACGCCCACAUCUUCUUUCGCGCUCAUCCACUCUCUCAAGGAUGAUACUAUACAGCAACUGUAUAAUAAGCUUUCAAGGAAGUCGAACACUGGUUUUCACGGAAAUCGCGUUGGUCCUGGUUGGAUCAAGUACAAUUGGAAUGACACCAUGUGGAAUUUGGAUGAUGAAAGUGACUACACCAUUUUUGUGUGGAGGCAUAAAGCACCCUCUACGUCCCAACAGCCUACAUCCGACAUAACACCAACACUACACGUUCACGAUCCCGCAGCCCAGCUCCCAGAGCCACCUGCGUAUUGCAACACAUCAUUUUACCUAUUCAGCUCUACACGUGUAAAUUCCCCGCGUCCUCGGUCAGCGCGGAGCGCCAAGUCCCACAAGUCUAGGGCACCACCAGAUGCCGAAGGGAUCUCAGGGGUUGCGAAGCACAGAAGAGAUUUUGAGAGAUUCCAUAGCGAAAACGGUGUACGUACUGUUUUGGGCACUAUCGGCCCAGUCGACAAUGUCCGCAUGCUUCUAAAGAACGGCUACCGUCACGUCUACAUUUCACGCAAGUUUGCGUUGAGGCAUGGGUUUAUUCCAGGAGAUGCAGCACCAGGGCACUAUGGCUACAGUGGCCUCAUCAACCUUGGCAAAUGGCCGAUCACCUUGAAGACAGCUGCAGAUUUCACUGAUAGCACACAAACUAACGACGUCUCAAACGCAGCACAAAGUUUGAAUCACCUGCAACCCAGCAAGUCAAAGACCGUUUCUGUCCCUGUUUUCUUAUCCGAGGAGCCACACUUUGACGUCGUGCUUGGCCGCUCGUUCUUUGAGAAACGCCAAAUAAAGACCUCAUCCAUAGAUCCUACUGAGGUCAUCUGUCUUGAUACUGGGGACAAAAUUGAGUGUGAAUUGGUCAUACUCAAAGAUGGUAGGGGUCAGAUUGUCACUGUUACAUAGCAUUCCGGUGAAUUGGACAUAUGAUAUUAACAACUGCUGUACACAGAAUAAUGCAUAGAAUACAUCACAAGUAUGAAUUU